AUGGAACAAAUUUUUAUGAUUGAAGUGUAUGUGAAAAAAAUUAUAUUAAAAGUUGAACCACCUGAAAAAGAUGAAUAUGAACUAAAAAUGGAGGAAGAGCAACGUAGAAAAGAAGCAGAAGCCUUAGCAGCUGUAGAGGCCGCUAAAAAAGGCAAAAAGGGUGGCAAGACAGCUGGUAAGAAAGGUAAAAAAGGAAAGAAAGGCAAAAAAGGUAAGGAACCACCCAUGCCUUCAGAAGAAGAAAUGAAGUUUAUGCAAACCUGUACAUUACAAAUGAACUGUCUACCAGUGUUUGACUUUUACGUUGCUCACGAUAAUUUUAUAGCACCAGAACCUCCAGGCCCUCCUCCCAAAAAAGGUAAAAAACCACCGAAGCCAAAAAAGCCGAAAAAGGGUAAGGGUAAAGUUGUUCCAAAAAAGAUUGUCCUACCUUCUGAACCAUUACCUCAACCUCCAUUUUUCGGAGUAGGAAACUCAGUCAUGUUCCUUUCGAGACCUUCUAAAUUAGAAGAAGUGUUAAGAAAAACUCCAAUUUACAUCACUGUUUGGAACAGGGAUCAGGAAAUGAACUGCGUUGGUUUUUGCGUAGUUGAAUGGCAUGAAUCCUAUUUUGAAGCUCUUCAAAAAGCUGGUGAACUGAAUCCUGUGAACAUGGACCAAGCCGAGUACCGUGACACGACAAAACAGUUGAUGGUCACUAAUACGGUUGAAAUGAAAAAACCUCUGCAAUGCGAAGAAGAUUUGAAAGCGUCAGGUGAAAUCGAAUUUUACAUAAGGCUAACAUGCCUUGGCAAUAGAGUGGUCAGUUAUUUCGUAUCUUUGCCAGAAAUGGAACGACUGCCUGGUCGAAAAUAUUUGAACGAUGAUUUGAAACUAAAAGAUCUAGAAGUUGUCCGUCAUUGGGCAGGAACUACAAUAGAUGCUGUGCCACCUGUUGCAUACUUUUUCGGAGCUCCUGACAUAACAAGAGAACCAAUAAGACCGGUAGAAGAACCAAAAAUAUAUGAAGAUUUCGUAGCUCCAUUCACUGCAAGCGAAUUGGCUAUAUUAGCUAUGGGAUUUCCUAAAGGACCUUGCGGUGGAACCAAUUGUCCAAAACGGAUGGAUUUUAGAGGUAGUCAGCACCAGUUCAUCCCUGGAGAAACUUUAAAGGGCAAAUAUACACAUGGACAAUUUGUCAAUAAGCGAGAUGUUCAUGGACCAUGUGGAAGAUUGGAUUGUCCUUUAGCGAAGAAAGUCAGAGCUUUUCUGUGUUCCGAAGGAAGUUACAAGCCUUGCAAGAAGCCGUGUUGUAAAGAUUACUAUUAA